CUGGUUCCCCCCUCAAUGGCGGCGCCGUGCGGCGGCCCGGGGCCCCCCACCGGGGCCGCAGCAAGCGCCGGGCCCCGCGUUUGUUUCGCGGCGGCGGAGGGAGGGGGGGAGGAGGCGGCGGGGCGGCGCGGGGGGAAGGUGACGGUGCGCUACGAUCGGCGGGAGCUGCGCAAGCGGCUGCACCUCGAAGAGUGGAUCCUGGCCCAGCUCACCGCGCUCUACGACUGCCCGGAGGAGGAGAUCCCGGAGCUCGAGAUCGACGUGGAUGAGCUCCUCGAGAUGGAGAGCGACGGCGCCCGCAGCGCCCGCGUCCAGGAGAUCCUGGUUGACUGUUACAAACCCACCGAGGCCUUCGUCGGGGAUUUGCUGGAGAAGAUCCGGGGGAUGCAGAAACUCAGCACCCCCCAAAAGAAAUGACCUCCCCUUCAAUUUGGGGUCCCUCCCAUCAAUUUGGGGGCCCCCCUACUCCCAGGAUCCCUCCCCAAUUCGGAGGCGAUGGGGUGACCCCCCCUUUUUAGUGGGACCCCCCAUUUUGGGGUCCUCCCUGCAGUGAUAAUCACCCCCCCCCACCGGUUUUGGGGGGUUUCAGGGACCCCCUUGGGCUUUUUGGGGGGGGCCUGGGGGGUUUGGGCGCUGAGGGAGGCAGGGUGGUUUUGGGUUCCCCCCCGGUGGGGGGAGGGGGGAU